UUUUAUUCAGUUACGGACGCAUUUGAUUAAAAUUUAAACGGUGGAAUCAAAGAAAUCAUUUUUUUUUUGUUCCAUAUUUUUAAAAGAUCAGUUUUAUAUUUAAUGAUUUUAAAAUUGUAUAUAAAAAAUUUAAUAAAAUGUUUUAUAUUAAUAUUGCAAAUAACAAUAGGUGCCGGUAGAAAGCAAUUUAAUAUAGGUGCAAUAUUUGAAAGUGAAAACGACGAAUUUGAUGUUGCAUUUCGAGAUGCUGUUGAUCGAACAAAUACUCUUGAGAGAAGUAUAGAACUUAUUCCGAUUGUUAAGUAUGCAGAUCAAGAAGAUACAUUUAGUAUAGAGCAAAAAGUUUGUGAAUUAAUUUCCGAAGAUGUUAUAGCAAUAUUUGGACCAAGUAAUGCUGAUGCUUCAGAUAUUGUUAGUUCUAUAUGCCAUUCCUUAGAAAUUCCACAUAUUUUAUUUACAUAUAAAAUUCGUAAUCCAAUUGAUUUUAGAGAAUUUUAUUCAAUGACCAUAAAUAUUCAUCCAGAUGAAUCGGCUUUAGGCAGAGCAUAUUCAGCUAUUGUUACAUCAUUUUCCUGGAGAAGAUAUUGCAUUGUUUAUGAGAGACAUUUGGAUUUUAUACAUUUGCAAGAUGUACUGGGUUUACCAAAUACCGAAGAAAGUCGAAUAACAUUUCGUGAAUUACAAUAUGAUGAUUCUCAACAAUACUUACCAUUUUUAAAAGAUUUGAAAUAUAAUCAAGAAAUGACGUUAGUUGUAAACAUUGCCAAUGAAAAUAUUAUACCGUUUUUAAAACAAGCUCAAGAGAUGGAUAUGGUUGGGGAAUAUCAGAGCUUUUUCCUAAUGCCAUUGGAUGCACAUACUUUAGAUUUCGAAGAGUUGAUUACCGUAAGUGCAAAUAUUACAACAAUGAGAAUAAUUGACCCAACAGAUUUUAGUGUAAAAAGUGUUUUACAUGAUAUAGAACAAAGAGAAAGAAGUAGAGGAAACUAUUUCAAAACUUCCGAUGGUAAUGUUAAGACAAAUAUGUUAUUAGUUUAUGAUGCUGUUUGGGUAUUUGCAAGAGGAUUAGCUGAAUCUGGUCUUGUAGAAGAUAUGGAACCACCAACUGGUCGAUGUGAUGAUCCAACGCCAUGGCCCUUUGGCAGAAAUAUUACAGAUUCUAUAAAAAAUAGAAAAGAAGAAGGAAGUACCGGACGUAUUGAUAUUACAGAACAUGGAAAACGUGUUUUCUUUACAACACAAAUAUUAGAGUUAACAGAAGAUGGAUUCGCUGCAUUUGCAACAUGGAAUCCUUUAAGUGGUGUUGAAAAUAUUGGUGUAGAAGAGAGUGCUAAACGUAAAGAAGGAAAACUUGCUAGUAAAAUUUUCAUAGUAUCAUCAAGAAUCGGAAAGCCAUUUUUAUUUGAUUUGGGUAAAGAUAAUUCAAGUUUGACGGGAAAUGCUAGAUACGAAGGUUAUUCAAUGGAUUUAAUUGAUGAAAUAUCUCAAAUUGUUGGUUUUAAAUAUGAAUUUGUAUUGUCACCGGACGGAAAAUAUGGAGCAUUUGACAAAUCAACUGGAAAAUGGAAUGGAAUUGUAGGUCAAGUCAUGGAAGGUAAAGCUGAUAUGGGAAUAUGUGAUUUAACGAUGACAUCAGCUAGAAGAACUGUUGUUGAUUUUACACCACCAUUUAUGACUUUGGGUAUUAGUAUACUUUAUAUCAAAGCAGAUCCAGUACCACCAGAUUUGUUCUCAUUUAGAUUGCCAUUUUCAGCAGACGUGUGGAAAUACACAAGUGCUGCUUAUUUAGGAAUUUCAUUGAUGGUAUUUGUUACAGCAAGAAUAGCUCCAGAUGAAUGGGAAAAUCCGUCACCGCAAAACCCGGAACCUGAAGAAUUGGAAAAUAUUUGGACCAUUAAAAAUACGGUUUGGUUGGCAAUGGGAUCUAUUAUGGGUCAAGGAUGCGAUUUACUUCCAAAAUCAGCUUCUACACGUAUUCUAACAGGAAUGUGGUGGUUUUUUGCUCUUAUGAUGCUCAAUUCUUAUACCGCAAAUUUAGCGGCAUUUUUAACAAAUUCUCAAAUUGAUACUUCAAUUAAGAAUGUAGAAGAUUUGGCAAAACAAACUGAAAUUAAGUAUGGUGCUGUUGCUGGUGGUAGUACACAGGGAUUCUUUAAAAAUUCCGAUGAUGCAUUAUAUCAGAAAAUGUGGUCUUUUAUGGAUGCAGAAGAUCCAUCUGUUUGGACUGAAACAAAUGAUUUGGGUGUUGAAAGAAUUAAAAAAUCUAAAAGAAAAUAUGCUUUCUUUAUGGAAUCAACAACUUUGGAAUAUAUAGCUGAAAGAGAUUGCAAUUUAUAUCAAGUCGGGAAGUGGUUAGAUUAUAAAACGUAUGGUAUAGCAAUGCCAUUCAAUUCACCCUGGCGAAAACAAAUAAGUGAAGCUAUGCUUAAACUGGGCGAAACUGGUAAGCUUGUCGAAUUAAAACGUCGUUGGUGGAAAGAAAAGUAUGGUGGUGGCGAAUGUCCGGCUGAAGCUGGUGGAGGUGAUUCUCUUGAAUUAAGAAUGGGUAAUGUGGGUGGUGUAUUCCUUGCAUUAGGAAUAGGUUUGAUAGCAGCUUUUAUCAUUGGUUUUAUUGAAUAUUUUUACAGUGUUCAAUCGGUUGCCUUAGAGCAAAAAAUAUCAAUGUCACAAGCAUUCAUAGACGAGACAAUGUUUGCAUUAAAAUUUUGGGAAACAAAAAAGCCAGUUCGUACACCUAAAAGUGAAAGCAAAACUACUUCAAGUAAACAUAGUAACUCAUCAUCAGACAGUAUUGUUUCAAAUCGUUCUAAAAGUUCAUCAAGGAGUUCAUCGAAAAGUGAUGGAAACUACGACAAAAUUGAAAAGAUUUCUGAAAACCUCAGUAAAUCUACAAAGGAAGACGAUGAAACUGACACAAAAAAGGACUCGAAAAGUUCAAAGAAAAGCAAAUCAAAUAAUUCUAUAAAGAAUUUUUUUUCUGUGCUUAAAAUUCGAAUUAGUAAAGAUAAAAGUAUGAGUAUUGGUAGUAGAAAGUCAAAGAACUAAUUGAAAGAUAAAAUUCUAUAAGAAGUGUAUUAUUCCCGUGUGAGAAUUUCGAAAGAAAAAAAAAUUUAAAAAAAUUUCCUUACAAUUUUGUUAUACCACUGUUUCCAGUAUUUUUUUUCUUGUUAGUUUGGAAUUAAAAAAUAAAUUUGAAAAAUAAUUUAAAUUUUAAUUUAUGUUGAAAAUGGUUGUAAAUUACACUUUUGCUUGUUUGUCUUGUUUAAAUAA